GUUCAAGCCGAACCAGACGCGGACCUACGACCGGGAGGGUUUCAAGAAGCGGGCGGCCUGCCUGUGCUUCCGCAGCGAGCGCGAGGACGAGCUUAAUAGAAAUCUAAACUGAGAAGGUAACACAGUGAUCUAAUCCAGCAAUUUGCAAACUGCUCUGUAGUAAGGAUUGUGCUGACCCCUCUUUAGUGGUCUGAGCAAUUAAGAAAAUUGACAGUAGUCCACUUAUCCCAAAAAAUUUGAGAAUUCCUGAUCUAGACAACGUGCUGCUAGUGAGCAGUAGCCGGUACCCAGAUCAGUGGAUUGUACCAGGUGGAGGAAUGGAACCUGAGGAGGAACCAGGGGGAGCUGCAGUUCGGGAGGUGUAUGAAGAGGCUGGAGUAAAGGGAAAAUUGGGCAGACUGCUGGGAAUAUUUGAGCAGAAUCAAGACCGGAAGCAUAGGACUUAUGUUUAUGUUCUAACUGUGACUGAAAUAUUGGAAGACUGGGAGGAUUCAGUUAAUAUAGGAAGAAAGAGAGAAUGGUUUAAAGUAGAAGAUGCAAUCAAGGUUCUUCAGUGUCACAAGCCUGUUCAUGCAGAGUAUUUGGAAAAACUGAAACUGGGUUGCUCUCCCACCAAUGGAAAUUCUGUGGUUCCCUCUCUUCCUGAUAGUAACUCCUUAUAUGUCACUUCUGCACAGACUUCUGGGCUGCCUUCUACUGUGAGAUAAAUGCGUGGAUUACCUUUUUACUCUUAUGCCAUCACGAGGGGAGAUGUCUUUGUGUUCACCUGCAGACACUUAUGUAGCUGUCAAUCCUAAACAAAAUAUGUGAAUGCCUCAUACAUGUUCGCACAUUUGACAUUUUUUUUGUUUUUAACAAUGUAAAAUAGUAUUUCAGCAAACCAAAGCCAUAUGUGGAUUUUUUUUUAAGAUGCCUUAACUGGCCAUCCCUCUCCCUCUCUGCUAUUGGUUUAUAAACCUCUAUUAAAAUAACAAACAUCUAGGUUACACUCAGCUUAUUCAAGACUUGUUUAAUUUUUAAAACUAGUAGUAGUUUUGCAAAGAAAUAUCUGCUUACUGGAAAGCCUUAAACAAAUGGCAGUCAAGUUUCUCUCUUACUCUGAAUCCAAAUUUGUUAAGUGCUAGAGCUUGAAAAUGCUACCACUUAGUUUGGAAAAGUAAGCAGACCAUCAAAGGCAGACCUUCACAGGCAUGACUACAGUAAAAUACUAUAACACAUUCAGCCAAUCAUAACAGAGGAUACCAAUGUUAAACUAUGUAUUUCUUUCCUUUCAAAGGUUGCCUCUACCUAUGCAGUCCUCAGCUAU